GCCUAGCAUCGCACUCUCCAUUGCUUCCGUACUCUCUCGUGGCCAGAUGUCAACAAGGAAAGGUAGUACGGAAGUUCACGAGUUCAAUGGGAAGUUUCUUGGCUUUCAUGCCCAUUAUAAAGUUACUUCAGUUAUUGGACAUGUAUUCAGGUCUUUAUUCUCCCUGAAAAACUGAAAAAAAAAGAAAAAGAUUGUUUUCUUUUGGUUUUCUUGUCUUAUGCUGACUGCUACUUGAGGUUUUAUUAUAUUUAGGUGCCCAGAAUGCUGAUGCUUUUCUCCUUUUGAAGUUAUUUUAUGUCUAUUCUAGUUAAAAAAUAGUAUGACAAGGCUUGAGUGAAUAUUUUGAUACAGGAAAAGACAUUACGUAAAGUUUGACUCUCUUGAUUCAGAAAGAACAUAUGCAGCUAUAUGGUGCAGUGAAAUUUUGUCUAAGCAAUAUUGCAAUUUACAGUUUGGCUCCGUAACAAAAUGGCUUGUAGAUGUUAGAGAACUGCUAAUUUUGUUUGUUGCUUUUUUAUGUUUACCUAUUGUAGCCUUAUCUUGUAUAAUUUAUUAUCUUGAUUCCUGGUGAUGAUAUUUUUUCCUUUUUUCUUUAUUGUACAAAUCUAGUGUAGAUUUUCCAGCAUCUUAUCAAGAUUGGAACGCCACUAAUCCUCUGGACCUAUUUCAAGCUUCAGUUGUCAAGACAGAAGCAAACCCCAGGCAAUUCAUGUGAUGGCAGUAGUUGACAAACAUGUCUGAAUUCUGGGAUGUUUCGCAGCAAUUUAGUGAUGGAAUUAAAAGUGUCUCUCUUCCUGCCAUGGAAAUGCCUACGCAAAUUCACAGAUUAGUUUAUUAUUAUCAGAUAUGUCUGCCUUAUGCACUUAGCUCAUAUUUCUAAACAUUUAAGUCAAGAAGCGCGUGGUUGUGGUUAUUUGGUACUAUGGUUGGAUUGUGAUCGUGAAGGAGAGAACAUUUGUUUUGAAGUCAUUGAAUGUACGAGAUUUCCAAUGAAUGAGGCAAAGAAAAGGGUUUAUCGUGCUCGGUUUUCUUCUGUGACCGAGAAGGACAUUUUGAAGGCUAUGGACAACCUGGUGGAACCAAACAGACACGAGGCACUUGCUGUGGAUGCUCGGCAAGAGAUAGAUUUGAAAGUUGGUGUUGCAUUUACACGAUUUCAAACUAGUUAUUUUCAAGGAAAAUAUGGGAAUCUUGACUCCAGGGUUAUCUCCUAUGGUCCAUGUCAAACUCCUACCCUUGGGUUUUGUGUACAGCGUUAUCUGCAAAUUAAUACUUUCAAACCUGAAAAGUUUUGGGCAUUACGUCCUUAUAUUAUUCAGAAUGGUUACGAGCUCCAGCUAGAAUGGAAACGUCAAAAGUUGUUUGACAUAGAUGUUGCUAUGAUGUUUCAAAAGUUGGUGACUGAGGAUGGAAUUCUUGAAGUAAUUGAUGUAUCGGAAAAACAGGAAACUAAAGGUCGACCUUCUGGUCUCAACACAGUAAAUCUUUUGAAGGUUGCUUCAAGUGCAUUAGGCUAUGGACCUCAGACAGCCAUGCAAAUUGCUGAACGCUUAUACACUCAAGGUUUCAUAAGCUAUCCGCGAACUGAAAGUACAGCAUAUCCUUCAUCAUUUGACUUCAAAGGCACGCUUAAGGUACUAGAGAACAAUCCAUCAUGGAGUGAUUGUGUCCAAAGACUGCUUGCUGAAGGUUAUCAUAAACCACGGACAGGAACAGAUGCUGGUGAUCAUCCUCCUAUAACUCCAAUGCGACCAGCAACUGAGGAUGUUCUUGGGAAUGAUGCUUGGAGAUUAUAUCAGUAUAUCUGUCAACAUUUUAUGGGAACUGUGUCUCCUGACUGCAAAUAUGUGAGGACAAAAGUAGAAUUUUCAAUUGGUGGAGAAUUCUUCCAUUGCAUUGGGCAGCGUGUCACAGUACAAGGAUUUACAUAUAUUAUGCCAUGGUUGGCCAUAAAUGAGAAAAAUCUACCCCAGUUUACAAAGGGGGAGAAAAUUGAAGUUUCAAGAGUGGAGUUAUAUGAGGGUGAAACUUCACCUCCUGAUUAUCUCAGUGAGAGUGAGCUCAUUUCUCUAAUGGAGAAGAACGGGAUAGGCACAGAUGCAUCAAUACCUGUGCAUAUAAACAACAUAUGUGAACGGAACUAUGUUCAGGUUCAAGCUGGUAGGAGGUUGGUUCCAACUACUUUAGGCAUAACAUUGAUAAGAGGCUAUCAAUGUAUUGAUCCGGAUCUUUGUUUGCCAGACAUACGCAGUUUCAUUGAGCACCAGAUCACUUUGGUUGCUAAGGGUCAGGCCAAUCAUUUUCGUGUUGUGCAGCAUGUACUCCAACAAUUCAAGCAAAAAUUCUGUUAUUUUCUUCAGCAGAUAGAGAACAUGGAUGCAUUGUUUGAAGCGCAAUUCUCUCCACUAGCUGAUUCGGGGCGUGCUCUUAGUAAAUGUGGUAAAUGUUUGCGGUACAUGAAGUACAUUUCUGCACAACCACAACGUAUGUUUUGUGGCACAUGUGAAGAAGUUUACUAUCUUCCUCAAAAAGGCACAAUCAAGUUGUACAAGGAACUUACAUGUCCGCUGGAUAAUUUCGAGCUUUUGAUCUUCUCCAUGCCCGGUCCGGAAGGCAAGUCAUUCCCCCUUUGCCCGUACUGCUAUAAUAGCCCUCCAUUUGAAGGAAUAGACACUCUCUUUGGUUCCGCAAAGAUAGGGAGUACAGGGAAGUUGGGGAAGGGAGCAGGCAUGCCUUGCUUCCUCUGCCUACACCCCACAUGCCGACAUUCUGUGGUGGCCCAGGGAGUCUGUGCUUGCCCUGAAUGCAGCGGAACACUAGUUUUAGAUCCAGUAAGUGCUCCGAAAUGGAGACUGUAUUGCAACAAAUGCAAUUGCCUUGUCUUACUCCCUGAGGGCGCUCACCGCAUUGCCACCACCCGAGACCGCUGUGCUGAAUGUGACUCAACAAUCAUAGAGGUAGACUUUAAUAAGAAAACAACUCCUUUGGAAGAUGGAGCUACAUUGCAUACUGGUUGCAUUCUUUGUGACGAGUUGCUUCAUUCACUUGUGGAGGUGAAGCAUGGUAAAUCAUUUGGCCGAGGCUUUGGUGCAAGAGGAAGAGGCAGAGGAAGAGGAACAGGUAGAGGUAGAGGUGGAUAUAGGGGAAGAGGGCGCACAGCUGGAAAAAAGGUCGACCCUAGAAUGAGUUUCCGAGAUUUUUGAACUGUAUUUUCUGUUAACUUUGGCUUUCAAAUCCGUUGGUUUUUAGCCGGAGAAGUGUACAGUUUUUUUUUUUUUUUGCAAGUAGAUUCCUGCUGUGGCGAAUCUAUAUCUUCAGUUCAUGAAAAGAAGUCCUUAAAGAACUUAACAUUUUAGGCCAGUCAAAAUUACUCGAGAAUUUUUCCUUUGAGGUCUCAGUUUGAGAAUUAACAAAAAUUAUUCAAAUUUAAAUUAUAUAUAUUUAUAUUGUGUAGGUUUUUUGUACCA